UACAGUAGUAUAUAAAACAGCUGCAUCAUGCAAGCGGUAUGUGCGUUCCAUUCUGUUAUAUUUAGAUAUUGUAACGAGAGCUUUCUGUUCAAACUGUGCGACGAUCAAGCUAGCGUUAUUCGUUUCGAUCUACUCCGGAAGAACAAUGGGCGUGUAUCUGGAUAGCUGGCUGCUCGAGCUGGCGCUCGCUUUGUCAACGCUGUUGCUGGCCGCUCACCUGAGCUUCCAGUGGAGAUACCAGUACUGGAAGAAGAAGGGCGUCCCUUAUCUGGAGCCGAGUUUCCCAUUCGGUAACCUGGGGCACAGCCUUUUGGGCCAGAAGUUCUUUGGGGAUGUUCUCCGUGAGCUGUACGAGAAGGCAAAAGGAAAACGAUUCAUUGGUAUCUACUCGAUACUCCGUCCUGUGCUUCUCGUACGGGAUCCCGAAAUUGUUCGGCACAUUCUGAUAAAGGACUUCGCUUCGUUCCGUGAGCGGGGGAUCUUCAUGGACGAUGAGGAGCCACUCAACAGGCACUUGUUCUGGCUGCCUGCUCAGGAGUGGCAACAUCGCAGGGCCAAACUGACCCCUGCAUUCAGCUCCGGCAAACUGAAAGGCCUGUUCCAGCUGAUCCAGGAAUGCGGCCGAGAGCUGGCUGAAGUAGCGACGGAGAUGGCGAGGCGCGGAGACCCUGUGGAGGUGCGCGAGGUGGCGUCUCGCUUCACGACUGACGCCAUCGUGUCGGUAGGCUUCGGCCUCUCGUCGGACUCCCAGCGAAACCCCAACUCCGUGUUCCGCGACUGGAGCAGCAAGGCGUUCGCAACCGGCCUCCUGUCGAGUCUCAGCGUCAGACUGAAUUUCAUGUCUCCACGGCUGGCCAGCUUACUGAGGAUAAAGGGUAGCUUCAAAGAAGCUAGCAUCCCUUUUCGGAAAAUGAUAGCAGACAAUGUAGAAUACAGGGAGAAGAACAACGUGACCAGGAACGAUUUUUUUAAUCUUCUCAUGCAAAUUAAAAAUAAAGGAUUCGUCGAUGGAGACAAACCGCAAAUAGGAAAAAAUACGGAACGAAUCGAUUUCCCAUUGGAGGACCUGGCGGCGGAAUGUCUUGGCUUCUUCGCUGGGGGCUUCGAGACUUCUGCGUCCACAAUCAGCUACAGCUUAUAUGAGCUGGCGCUGCAUGAGGACAUCCAAAGUAAUCUGCAGCUGGAGAUAGACUCUGUGCUGCAGCGAUAUGAUGGCAAUAUUACGUACGACGGCAUAGCGGAGAUGUCGUAUCUGGACAAAGUGGUGUCUGAGACGCUCAGGAAGUACCCUCCGCUGUCUUUCCUGAACCGCGACUGCGUGGAGCCCUACAGGAUCCCAGACAGCGACGUCGUCGUGGACAGAGGAACGGGAAUCCUCAUCAGCCUCUUCGGCCUCCACUACGACCCGGAGCACUUCCCUGAUCCAGAGCGCUACGACCCCGAGAGGUUCUCAGAAGAGCAGAAGGCCAAGAGGAGCCCUUACGUGUACCUGCCAUUCGGGGACGGGCCUCACAUCUGCAUUGGUAAGAGACUCGGUUUGCUGCAGACCAAAGUGGGACUUGUGAACAUCCUAUCCAAGUGCAGCGUGCGACCUACGGAGAAGACGACUCGGCACGUCACCUACAACAGCAGAGGUGUAAUGCUCGUGCCCGCAAAGGAAAUCGAACUGAAAUUUGUGAAACGAUGAUUGGAAAUUCAGUACCAGCCAGACAGAAUCUCAAAGACUCUCUGUGGCUGAAUCGUCUGAUUACUUUGCAGCAGUACUGUUUUUAAUAAUAAAAUACACUUACAAAACCAUUUUCACACAUUUAUAUUUUUCCUCCCAUUACGGACAGAGUGUCGCCAAAGUUCACAGUGAUUGCUGCACAGCGCUCAACGCAGGCUCAACUCUCGUAUUCAGAUCGCUGAACUUUCUCUCUGCCUCCACAAGCAGAUUGUACCAUUCUGGAAAGAAAUUGCAACUUUUUGCAUGAGUACACAAUGUUUUGAACACACUUGUGCUGCUAAAGACUAGUUCUUACAAAAGGGCAGUCCAAUGAAAAGGAGAGAGGUUGAAAAAGUAAGUAAACUGUUUAUUAUUUCAAAAUUAAUGGUGAUAACUGUUAAUAAAUUCAUCACACUGUGAGACAAGGGGAUCAAUACCCUCAUUGAAAAAUGUUUGCUGUUGCCUACGAAGCCCUGAUUGAACCUAGGCGUCCACCACUUCGUCCAAAGCAAAUCGCCGACGGCCACGAAUGUCCUUCUCCCGGAUACAAAAAUAUGGAAAUCGCAUCGGGAGUGAGCGGGACUAUAUGGAAGACGUUUAAGGGUUUCCCAGCGAAGCUGCUGUGCAGUCGAUACAGCCUUGGCAACAUGUGAGCGGGUAUUAUUAACCUGCAAAAUAAUGGUGUCCGUCUACCACGUACCGCUGUGUGUUGAUUGUUUCUCCAUGUUCCAGAAAGUAAAUCAGCAGUCGGUCGUGGUAGCCAAAGAAAAUAAAUGGUGAUCGUGAAUUUUCUCGGACCAAGCAUGCCUGUAGAAUUUUCGCUGGAAAGACCUUACACAUUCGCCAUACAAUUCUGAUCUUUCCCUGUGGAGCCCUGAAGAAUGACAUUCGCGGCCGCCGAUUCGCUUCGACGGUGAGGCGCACGCCUUUGUACAAUUAAGAUCUCUUGGGGAAUCGCUAACAUUUUUCCACGAAGGCUUUCACCGUCUUGUCUCACGGUCUGAUAAAUGUAUUAACAUCUAGGGUGAUUGGUUUUGAAGUAGUAAACAAUUUUCUUACUUUUUCCUGGUAUCUAGUUUUCAGUCGUCUGCCCAUUACAUACAUCUGUGAGUCAGUAAAAUGUGUGUGACCCAUACAAUAACUGUUAUUGUAUGUAAAAUGUUAAUAAUAACCGUAAUAACAAUAAUAAACACAGCAGCUGGCCGUGGCGAUCCGAGAGAGAGUGUUAAGUACGCACAACAAUGAGAAGCACUUUCUGAAAGGUUAAGUGAAUUACAGAAGCAGUAAAAUGAGUAUUUGGACCCAUGAAUUGAACACGUAAUGACAUGAUGGAGGGACAGGAUGGUGGGGUGUGUGUUAAUAGGACGAAAUUGGUGUAGUCUAGAAUAAUGUUUGUGGUUGAGAGAAUGAAAUUGCAUUACUUUAUUACGACUAUUGCAGACAGUUGUAGAGGCAAGUUAACAUAAGUCGUAUACGAAGAAAGUUGACAGACGCUCGUUAAUAGCGGAGAUGGAACAUCACACCAAAGAAAACUUGUCAAUCUAAGGUGAAUGUGUGCGCAGUCGAUAUUGAUCUUUACGAACUCCCCAUACUUCUGUGGUACUAGAAGGAGCUGCAGAGAUUAAAAAUUGUAGAGGAAGACAGACACUGGAAUACAGCCAACAACUACCUGAAGGCAUAGGGCGCAAUUGUUACUCUUAGUCGAAAAACUUGGUACAAGAAAGGAAUUCGUGCCGAUCCUCAUCGAACCAAUCAGAAAACUGAGGACUCAAAAAAUAAAUAAAUAACUAAAUAAAAGAAACUACAAAUAAAGUUGAAAACUCAAUACAGUUCCAUUUAUGUUGUUUUCUAGUUUCAUACUUGAUACCACGCUCUACAUUUGACACUUUUACAAAAUGCUUUUUUGUUAUUUGUUCUAUUUCUUUACUCCUAGAAUUAAAAUCCAUUCUUUCGUUUCCUUUCUGACAAUGAAAGCACUAAUUGCAUGUCAAUAUGACGUCCCAUUCUGUAGUUAAUUUAAUGAUAUUUUUUUACUUUUGAUCUACUGAAUACAUUUGUGUAACAGGUCGUGUCUAGAACACUUCCUUUUACAAUUUACUACUUUUCAGCACAAUAAUAAUUAGAAUAAAGUAAUAAUAACAAUGACAAUUGUCAUAA